UACACAAGCAUGUCUGCCACCGAAGGCGGCUGAUUUGUCUCACAGUGGGCCUGGGUGUGUUGAGUCUGAGAUGGGACGGGGAGGGGGAAACACAAAUGAUAGUUUUGACUGGCCCACAACCCUGGAGGAUGGUGCCGUCGGUCAGUAGCGGACUUCCGCUUCCGGCCGGGCUGCGGCGCGUGCGCAAAAUGACGUGGGGAGGGUUACUUCCGGGUUUUUUUUUUCCCAGUGUCCGCUGCGCUUAGUUCUUGCAGUCUUUGCUAUCCUCUCUCGGGAUUGGAAGCCUGACACCUAGAGUGCGGCUUGCUCGAGACUAAGGGACGCGGGCCCCGCGGCAGACGAACAAAAUCCACAUCGGACUGGACCCAACCCACUGACCAUGGCGGCCCUGGGUCCCGGCGCUCCGAAUGUCACCGAGUAUGUUGUUCGAGUUCCCAAGAACACAACCAAAAAAUAUAACAUCAUGGCUUUCAAUGCAGCCGAUAAAGUCAAUUUUGCUACAUGGAAUCAGGCCCGGCUAGAGAGGGACUUGAGUAACAAGAAGAUUUACCAGGAGGAGGAGAUGCCAGAGUCGGGUGCAGGCAGUGAGUUCAACCGCAAGCUCCGGGAAGAGGCUCGUCGGAAAAAGUACGGCAUCAUCCUCAAGGAGUUCCGGCCUGAGGACCAGCCCUGGCUCCUACGUGUCAAUGGAAAAUCAGGCAGAAAGUUCAAGGGCAUAAAGAAGGGAGGAGUGACGGAGAACACGUCCUACUACAUCUUCACCCAGUGUCCUGACGGAGCCUUCGAGGCCUUUCCUGUGCACAACUGGUACAAUUUCACACCACUGGCUCGACACCGCACACUCACUGCUGAGGAGGCUGAGGAGGAGUGGGAGAGGAGGAAUAAGGUCCUGAACCACUUCAGCAUCAUGCAGCAGCGGCGGCUGAAGGACCAGGACCAGGACGAGGACGAGGAGGGGAAGGAGAAGCGGGGCCGCAGGAAGGCCAGCGAGCUGCGCAUCCACGACCUGGAGGAUGACCUGGAGAUGUCCUCUGAUGACAGCGACGCCAGCGGCGAGGAGGGCAGCAGAGCCCCCAAGGCCAAGAAGAAGAAGCCACUGACCAAGGCGGGCAGGAAGAAGAAGAAGAAGAAGGGCUCGGAUGAUGAGGCCUUUGAGGACAGUGACGACGGUGACUUUGAGGGCCAGGAGGUAGACUACAUGUCCGAUGGCUCCAGCAGCUCCCAGGACGAGGCAGAGGGCAAACCGAAGGUGCCGCAGCAGGAGGACGGGCCCAAAGGUGUCGAUGAGCGCAGUGAGAGCAGCGAGGAGAGCGAGGAGGAGAAGCCUCCUGAGGAGGACAAGGAGGAGGAGGAGGAGAAGAAGGCCCCCACCCCGCAGGAGAAGAGGCGCAGGAAAGACAGCAGUGAUGAGUCAGACAGCUCGGAGGAGAGUGACAUUGACAGUGAGGCCUCCUCAGCCCUGUUCAUGGCGAAAAAGAAGACACCCCCCAAGAGGGAGCGGAAGCCGUCAGGAGGCAGUUCGCGGGGCAGCAGCCGCCCUGGCACACCCAGUGCAGAGGGGACCAGCACCUCCUCCACCCUGCGGGCAGCUGCCAACAAACUGGAGCAAGGGAAGAGAGUCAGCGAGGCACCAGCCGCCAAGCGGUUACGGCUGGACGCCGCUCCCCAGAGCCUGUCCGGAAAGUUGACCCCGCAGCCGCCCUCCGGAAAGUCCACGCCCUGCAGCGGUGAUGUGCAGGUGACUGAGGAUGCCGUGCGCCGCUACCUGACGCGGAAGCCUAUGACCACCAAAGACCUACUGAAAAAGUUUCAGACCAAGAAGACGGGGCUGAGCAGUGAGCAGACGGUGAACUUGCUGGCCCAGAUCCUGAAGCGGCUCAACCCCGAGCGCAAGAUGGUCAAUGACAAGAUGCACUUCUCCCUCAAGGACUGAGAUCUACCCCUGCCCAAUAAAACUGUCCGCUCCAGACCUGCCCACGCCUGCUGCCUGGUUGUCCUCGAGUCCGGCACCCCUUUAUUAGCAACCACAGAAGCCCGGGCAGUGUCCUUCCCCAGUCACUCUUGGUCCCGCCUCCUGUUGCCUUAUAGGCACCUGGAAGACAGGGCUCUCCUGGCAGCUCAGCACGUGCAUUGGGACAGCCCAGUCAUAGCAGCUGUGGCUUCGACUGCCUUCGGGGCUUCUGCCUUCAGCCAGGCUCCUGGCCCAAGACCUGGCAAGCGCUCAGUUCCAGUGACUCCACUGUCAGUUGCCCACACUAGUAUUUUUGGUUUUCAGGUCGACUGCUGUGUUUGGGUGGUGUCUUGUCCCUGAUGUCUUUGAUCCCCUCUUGAAUUUUAGGUUUUUAUUUUAAGCAUCCCUACCUUACAGCCUGUUUGACGAGUCUAGAAUCUGCAGUUGUGAGCAUCUGCAGUGUCCUCUGCCUUCCCUUGUGGAUAGGAUAUUCCUCAGGUUGUGAUUUGGGGUGGGUCCUCGCAGGAGUCCUGGCAGGCCUACUUUUUAAGCAGGUCUUUCAAGAUGGUUUUACCUUGGCUUCCAAAAGUUACUAGGAGUGCGCCCCUGCUGGUUUUGUGUGUGGUUCUCAGCUCAGAGUUCUGUUUGUUUUUUUGGUACUGUGGACUGAACCCAGGGGUGUGGACUGAACCCAGGGCGCUUAACCACUGAGCCACAUCUCCAGGCCUUUUUAACUUAUUUUGAGACAAGGUCUCUCUAAAUUGCUCAGGGCCUAACUUGCUGAGGCUGGCUUUGAACUCAAGAUCCCCCCUGCCUCAGCCUUCCGAGCUUCUGUGAUUACAGAUGUGUGCCACCCUGCCUGGCUCCCCUCAGUUCUUGUCUGCACGGCCCCCAGAGCCUCGUGUCCUUUUUUGUGGCUUUAGCAUCUGGGCCUAUUUUCAGUUCCCUAGGGGGUUUCUGGGGUGCCCUCUCGCCUUUCAAGCCAGGUGAUGCUUUUGCAUGUCCAGCCCCACCAGGCUCCCUGCAGGGAGGUUUCUGGACAGCAGUGUGGCUGAGGAGAUUUGGCUGCAGCCACUGCCUUUGAACCUGUCUUGCAUUGUGGGAAAGAACCAGCCUGCGGUGUGGGUGACAGCCGUGGAUGGGUAGAGUGAGAAACCUCCCAGUGUGAGCGAACACCUGCUUGCUCUAGGACAGGCCAUUGGAAACGUCCAGUGGUGACCCUUCCUGCCCUCCCUGACUGCUUGGCAGGCUCCCUUACUUCCCUGUAGUAUGGCUAGUUUUGAUCUUUAUGAUGACUGGCUCCAAGAUGUUGUACUGCUGGCGUAUACAAUGGAGAUGGGUAGACAUGCCCUACAUAAACUGUAGCUCUGCUGCGAUAAAACGAGCUCAGCACCACCAAGCCUGACUCCCGGAGCUUCGUGUGUGUGGACUCUGUUGCUUCACCUCCUCGCGGGACGCAACCCCACCACAUCACAACAUCUGGUGUCCGACAACGUGGGGCGGUCCCCGUGGGACAACUUCUGUGGCAACAAAGGCGAGAAAUGGCCUCUCAGCCCAUCUGGAUCCCGGCAAAGUCCAUCCUCCCAGUCCUACAACAUGAAUCUCCCACCCAGGAGGGUGGAACCACCAGCCAGGCGCCUGAAGGGGCUCUCUGUUGACGACACCCCACCUCCCGGCUCCGCCCACGGCUUUCCUCCACUGUCACCAGCAACGGAAAGAAGAAAUGCCCACGCCAUCACUGACGACCUCAUGGCAGAAGAGCACAAAAAAGAACCUGGGGGGACAUCGAGAGCUUGGGGGACAUAAAGAGCUUGGCUCAACAAGCCCAGGAUAGGCCCCAGACCCGGAGCCAGGGGCGGACACUCUUUUCCUGUUACCGUGCACCAUCACCACCGCUAACUCACGAGCACAGGCAUGAUGGGCGGGGGCACCAACUCCUGGAGUUUUGUUUCCUCUUGGCCUAGACGAUACAGUCCUGCCCUUCUUGCUUGCUACUAAUGUUACCUCUCAUUCCUGUAAUGUCAGAUCCCAUGGUCCAGUAUUCCUGGAACCCAUCACUUAAAGUCAAUCACACAA